AUGGUAGAGCAAGCUCAUGGGAGACUAAAAGGUAUACUUUUAACGAGUCAAAAUGGGAUUGCGACGGUGCAACAUGCUAUCCAUGAGUACACUAAUAAUGAUAUCGACAAGAUAAGAAAGAAAUUCGAAGAAAGUAGGUUCCGGAAAUUCAAGGAGUUUAAGGAGGAUGAUUGGUUGCUUGUUGAUUCCAGGAUGUCAAGUGUACAAGAACAAACUCAUUAUAACGAUGUUAUGUGUAGUGACGGUGAGGAUGAUGAUGUUGAGAUGGUAGAUCCUUUGGAUGGCUCUACAACUGUUGAUUGUGCACCUGCACCAGUUUCAGGUGAAAAGGAACAUAAACUUAGAUCUGAUGUUUGGGAAUAUUUUGAUCUCAUUAAAUAUAAAGAUGGAUCAAUGAAGGGAGUGUGCAAGGCUUGUAAAGUGGGAUAUAAAUAUGAUAGCCAGAAAGGUGGAACCUCAUCUAUGAAAAGGCAUAAGUGCCGUGAGCGUCAUUCUCAAUACAUAUGGCAAAUGAUUUUAUCUGCAAAGAAUGGCCAGUUGUCUUCCCGCGCACGCAAAAUUGAUCAGAUGAAGUUUCAGGAUCUUAUUUCAGAAUUACUCAUUGCAAGAAAUGUCCCAUUGGAUUUGGUGGAGUGGAAAGAAUUUAGGGACAUAUGUGCUUAUCUAAAUGAGGAUGCUAAACCAAUAGCAAGGAAUACUGGGAAAGCCGAUAUUGUCAAAAAACAUAAUGCACGAAAAGAAGUUAUUCGAAACAUAUUGACACUUGCUCCAUGUAGGAUGUGUCUAACAUCAGACAUGUGGACCUCUGUUACGACUACAGGGUAUAUAAGCUUAACUGUCCACUUUCUUGAUCAAAAUUGGGAAUUAAAUAAGUAUCUACUGAAUUUUUUUGAACUUCCACCACCUCAUACAGGUGAAAACCUUUCUGCCAAGCUAUUUGCAAUGAUAGAAGAUUGGGGAAUUGAAGAAAAAGUAUCCAACAUAACCUUGGAUAAUGCUGCAAAUAAUGGAGCUUGUGCUAGAACUAUGCAGAGUAGACUUGUUGCAAAUAAGAUCUUGUUUAACAAGGGAAAAUACUUUCAUAUUGAUCCAGUUAUGCUUAAGAUAAGAAAGUCAGUGAAGUCCCUUAAAAAGUCCCAAGUAAGAAAACAAAAAUUCUUGGACAUUGUUAAUACUUUAGGAAUGUCUGAAGUAAGAAGGGGUAUUCAUCAAGAUGUUAAGACAAGAUGGAAUCCAACUUAUCUUAUGUUAGACAGUUGUCUUGUGUAUAGAAGUGUUUUCGCUCACUUGAAGGAGGUGGAUUCAGACUAUAAAGACUGUCCAACUGACGAAGAAUGGGAUCAAAUUUAA